AAUGAGUAAUAAAAAAAAAAAUACUUCUAAAAUUGAUGAUGGCUAUGAUGAUGUAGGAUAUUGUUGUGGAUGGCUUAAAAAAAAGAAAUAGAAUAAUAUUCAUAUAGAAUAGAGCAGAUAAUCAAUUAAUAAAUAGCAAAGAAACUCUUUAUAUAAAUCUGCUCUUGAUACUAGUAAUCAUUAAGGUAUUUCAUAAUUCAAUUAAUUAAAUUCUACUAAUUCAGAAUCAUAAAAAUAGAAUGAUGAUGCUUCACCUUUUUCAAGUGGUAUAGUAAUUCCAAUCUUUGAGAAUAACUACCCUUUAAAUUAAUUGUUUUAACUUAAAAAUAUUUAAAGUGGAGAUACUAUUUUUGCUAAAAUUACAUCAAUAAAUAUUGAUACUCCUAAAUCUAAUGCUUUCAAUGAAGAUAGAUUAAGAAACUAAAAAAUUUCAGAUUAGAUAGCAAAAUAUAUUGCCUAAAGAAUUAAUUACUAAAUUAAUUCAUUAGCUGAACUAGGUUGUGGGGAUGGAGGAAACACAGUUUAAGUAUUAUAUGAAAUAAAUAAAAGUUUGCUUAAUAUCUAGACUUUGUGAUUGCAAUUGAUAAAUCUACUGAAGCAUGUAUCAAAACUAGAAGAAAUUGUGAUAAAGAUCUUAAAAAUUCUUCAAAUCCUAAAGUAGAAAUUAUAAAUUCAGAUAUUUUUAAAUUAAAAAGGCGUUUACCUUUUGAUAGUAUUUUCAUAAAUCCUACAAUUAAUGCAGAAUCAGCUCAUAUUUGUAGAGAUUUAUUAAAAGAUUGUUAACCUAAUUUAUAAUAAUUACUUAUGAUGAUUUCAGAUUAGAUUGAAAAUUUAAUUAUUUAAUUUCCAGCUUAAAUUGAUUAUUCAUAAUUACCAUUACUAUUAAAUAUAAAUCAACAAUAUCAAAAUAAUUCUUAACAUAAAUUUCAAUCAUAAAGAACAAAAUAAAAUUAAUAGUAGUCAUUUAUUGCUCAUUGUGCAUUAGAAAUUGAAAAAAUUUAUGUUAAUGGAAUACAUAUUUAAAAUAUUAUUUAUUAUGGUAAGAUAGCAAAUAUUUAAAGAGAGGAAUUAAGAUCAAUAUUAACAAUUUAGUUAUAAAAUUAAGAAGUUAAACCAGAAUCAAUACAUAACGUAAUAGCAAAGUUGAAAGAUAAACUAGGUAUACAAUUAAAUAUUUAUUUGAGCUUAGGAAGUUUAGAAGUUGUUUAUGAAUUACUUUAAGCAUAACGCUUUAAGUACAAUAUUGAUAAAUUUUUAGAAGUAGUUUGUGAUAAGUAUAAAUUAGAAUAUGCUGAGUAUGCGUUCAUUCUUUAUUCAAAAUUAUCAAAGUAAAAAUGUUUUAAUAUAAAUUUAGAGAUUUUUAAUAAAACACUUUUAAUUAUACAUGUAAACAAAAAGAUUCAAUAAAUGAACAAGAAUCUGAUUGUGCAUAUAGUCCAAAGUUUUCAUACAAUAUAAAUGGAAUGUAAAUGGAUUCAAAUUCAGUAGAUGAAAAUGAGGAUAUAGAAGCUCUAGGAUUAAGUUAUAAUGAUCAACAAAAAUUAAAAUGA